AUGCAAUCAAAUAAAUGUUUUUAUAGAGUAACAAAAAAAGGAACAGUUAUUAAAGUUGUAAAUGAAAUAUAUUUAAGAGAUGAUAUACCAUGUGGACAUGAUUCAUGUGUAGAAUGUAAAAAGAAAUUGGAAAAGAGAACUACUGUAGAGGAUAGAGUUUUAUUAUCAAAUGAAAUUAGUUCAUUAAAUGGUACCAAGGUAUUAGUAUUGGAUACUAAUGUAAUAUUACACCAAAUCGAUUUAUUAGAAGAUCCAACUAUUAAAGAUGUUGUUAUUUUAUCAACAGUUUUGGAUGAGGUAAAGAAUCAAAAUCGUUCUAUUUCCAAUCGUAUAAGAGAUAUCGUUAAAGAUGCAGAUAGACGUUUCUACGUUUAUUCCAAUGAAUAUAGCAAAUUUACAUCCAUCCAAAGAGAGACUGGUGAAACUCCAAAUGAUAGAAAUGAUAGAGCCAUUCGAAGUGCAGCUGAAUGGUACAGAUCACAUUUACAUAGAUACAAUAUUAAAGUUUUAUUAAUUACAAAUGAUAAAGAUAAUUUAAAGAAAGCCAAAGCAUUGGGUUUGGAUUGUCAAACUAUUCAAGAUUUGGUAUUCGAGUUAUCAGAUAAAAAUCCAUCAUUAGUCGAUAAAUUAUCAGAUCCAUCAGAAGAUCAUAUCAAAGAUACAGACGAGUCAAAGAAAUUCCAAUUUUUAGAACAUAAACCAUUAUCAGUUUUAACAGAAGAGAUUAAAAAUGGUAAAUUAGUUCAAGGUGUAUUUAGAACCUCAAUAACCAACUACAGAGAAGCAACAGUAUCAGAUCGUGCAAACGAAAGAGAUAUUUUAAUUCAAGGUAUCGAUAAUAUUAAUAGAGCAGUUGAUGGAGAUAUUGUAGCAAUAGAGUUAUUCGAAGAAAGUAAAUGGAAUGCACCAUCAACAAUUAUUAUGUUGGAAAGUGAGGGUGUUGAGCAGGACGAUGAUUCAAUCGCAAAGGAUGCAAUGGUAGCAAACAAAAAGCCAACUGGUAGAGUUGUUGGUAUUAUUAAACGUAAUUGGAAGCCAUAUUGUGGUGCUGUAGAGUUUAAAGGUGAUGGUUCAAAUCAAUCAACUGGUUUACACUUUUUAUUUUUUAUACCAGUAGAUAAGCGUAUACCAAAAAUUCGUAUCAAGAGUCGUCAAGUUAGCAAUUUAUUAGGAAGACGUAUUGUGGUCGCAAUCGAUCAAUGGGACAAGAAUUCAAAAUAUCCAUCAGGUCAUUUCGUUAAAGAUUUGGGUCCAUUGGGAGACAAGGAAACUGAAAGUCAAGUAUUACUCUUACAAUUUGAUAUUCCACAUCAUCCAUUUGGAGCCUCAGUAAUGAAAUGCUUACCUUCACCAGAUAUUAUGGAUCGUGUAACUCCUGCUGAUAUGGUUGGUCGUAAAGAUUUAAGAAAAGAGUGCAUAUUUUCAGUUGAUCCACCUGGAUGUACAGAUAUUGAUGAUGCUCUUCAUAUCAAAGAACUUUCAAAAGGUGUUUUCGAAGUUGGUGUUCAUAUUGCUGAUGUAUCACAUUUUGUUCAAGAAGGUACAGCAAUCGAUGAGGAAGCAGCAAGUCGUAGUACUUCAGUAUAUUUAGUAGAUCGUAGAAUUGAUAUGUUACCAGGUGAAUUAUCAGGCAACUUGUGUUCAUUAAUGUGUAAUGUCGACCGUUAUGCAUUCUCUUGUAUUUGGAAAAUAACAGCCGAUGGUGAAAUCAUUAAUGUCGAAUACACAAAGAGUAUUAUUCGUUCAUGUGCAUCAUUAACCUACGAACAGGCUCAAAUUAAAAUUGAUGACAAAUCACAAAACGAUCAAAUCGCUACCAAUUUACGUCACCUUAAUAAUUUAGCCAAAGUAUUGCGUAAGCAACGUUUCGAUAGAGGUGCUCUUAUGUUGGCAUCUCCUCAAGUAAAGUUUAAGACAGAGGAACACGGUGGUGAUCCAUCUGAUGUAGAAAUUUAUCAACUUCGUGAAACCAAUGCAAUGAUUGAAGAGUUUAUGUUGUUAGCAAAUAUUUGGGUAGCUAAAAAGAUUUACAAACAUUUCCCAGGUUGUGCAAUGCUCCGUCGUCAUCCAACUCCAAAGAAAUCUAGUUUUGAGCUUUUAACAAAGCUUAUCGAAAAUAAAGGUUUCACAUUCUCAACCAACACAAGUAAAGAAUUAUCAGAGUCAUUAGAUUCAUGCAAUAUCGAAGGUGACCCAUACUUUAAUACUCUAUGUCGUAUUAUGACCACUCGUUGCAUGUCACCAGCCGUUUAUUUCUCUUCAGGUUCAGUACCAUACGAAGAAUUUAAUCAUUAUGGUUUAGCUAGUGAAAUUUAUACUCAUUUUACAUCACCAAUUCGUCGUUAUCCAGAUAUUAUUGUUCAUCGUCUUUUAGCUACUGCCAUUGGUGUAUCAUCAGUAUCGCUAAAUUUAGAUAAUAAAACCAUUUCAUCACUCACAGAGAAUAACAAUUUCCGUCAUAAAAUGGCCCAAUAUGCAGGUAGAGGUUCAACCCAACUUCACACAUUAAUCUUUUUCAAAGGUCGUAAAUCAGUUGAGGAUGCUUACAUUAUCCGUGUUAAAGCUAAUGCUUUUGUAGUUUUGGUUCCUCGUUAUGGUUUUGAAGGCACUGUUUAUGUUUCAGAUCCAUCCAAAGCAAGCUCAUUCAAUUAUAAUCACGAUGAUCAAACACUCACCAAUGGUGCAUUAACCUUUAGAGUUUUCGAUAAAGUAACCGUGGAAAUUUAUGUAGAUGAUUCAAAAGCUCACGAUCAAAAAUUAAGAAUCAAUUGUAUUAAUCCAAAUAUUAAUUUUAUUCCAUCCGAUGAUUUUGACAGUAAUAAUUUGGAUGAUAUAUUAAACCAAAAAGAUGAACAAAAAGAUCUUAAAAAAGAGAAUAAAAAAGAAAUUAAUAAACCAAUUGAAAAUAAUAUAUCAACAACAGUAACCAAAAAAUCCAAUACUAAAAAAGAAAAAGAUAAUAACUCGAUAGCAGGCAAGGAAGAAAAAGAAAAAGAAAAAGAAAAAUCUAAAAAAGUUAGAAAGCAACCAUCAAAAGAAUCAAACGCAGCUCCAUUAGAAACAACUGCAACAAUCAAAAAGACAAAUAAAAAAAUAAAAACAAAAUAA